AUGAGAUCUUCUUCUGGCGAUGAACGCAUCGAGAGCUCGACUUUGUCUGGCCUUGGUUAUUCUUCAACUGUAUUCUCUUCUUCACGUCUACCAAAGACGAAUUUUUCUGACAGCGGUUUUGAUACCCUCGGCCCCUACGCAGGGCCAGAUCCAGUCUCUGUUCCUCAGAGCUGCCACGGCCGUGGUCAGCUCACCUUCACCACGUCUUCCCCCAAGAGACGAAAGCUUAGCCACGACAGCAUCGCAGAUGAUCGCAGAGACGUAGGCCAUACCCAAUCGGAACGAGCACACAACUCCGACAACGUCUGUGAAGAAGAACUUCCACCGCCGAAUUCAGCGCAUUUUUGUACACAAUCUUUACACUGCGGGCACAAUCACUCAAUUUCUUCACCAUCGCCCCCAGGAUCCACCCGUGCUCACCAUAGUUCCGGGCCAAUCGAGCAAACUUCUCCGGCAAGUGGAGGUACUUCCUCUUUCUCAAGUGCCUCGCUGAGCACCCCGCUUGAACCUGCUUCGAACGCAAGUCGGUCUGAAAGAGAGAUUUCCGGUGCUGAAUAUCUCGUCACACGUUCUUUUGACAAUCAAGAGCAGACACCAUCCACGCCUUCAUUAGGUGCAUCUGCUUAUCCGCAGCACGCUAUGGAUAAAGAGCAGAAUCUCCCGGACCGCUCCUACUCGCCCCCAAUGAAAAGGCCCGCCUCAGAGCUGGAGGACAAGGUUGGCCAGGAACCGAAAAGUGAUAUAGACAUGGACAGAGAGCUCGCCCCUGAGCAUGCGUCUAAUCAGAUGCGGGAUGUUUCGCCUAACACUGGUUCUCAAGAAAGCCAAGAAGGCUCUUCUCGCAAACGUGCUACAUCAGUUGACAUGCUCGCAGAUGAGCCUAAUAGUCGGGGCUUAUCCAUGCUUGAGGAGCAAGUCAGUAAGGUGAGGGAACUUAUGGGUCAAGAGGUCGUGGAGGGCCAGAAGGGCUAUAUUGUAUCAACAAAGUGGCUACGGCGAGUGCUUUCCAGGACGGCUGAGGGUCAGCAUCAAGAAAUGUAUAGCAAAGAUGACCGGGAGGGUGAUAUCGGACCAGUUAACAGCACCGAUAUAAUUUCACCCGACCCCAAAUUGAGGGACCUCAAAGACGAAGCCGGCGAGCCUUUUGUUACCCUUCGAUCUGGCCUUCAGCUAGGAGAGGACUACGAAGUUGUUCCGCAGGAAGCAUGGGAUAUGAUGGUGCACACCCACGGAAGCGAUCCAUCUUCCCCUCUCAUAGUGCGCUACGUCCACAAUUCUAGUCCGCCCGGGGCUACGGAAAAUCUUCAAUACGAAGUCAGUCCGCCCAUCUUUACGAUUCUUAAACUCCAGGGACCGGGGGUCACCACACAAUUGCUCAGAGAGAAGAAUGCCAGCUCCAUUAGAAUCCAGGCCAGCCGUUAUGAGCCUUUCAACGUUUUCCUCAAGCGCGUCAAAACACAAGCAAACAUACCUUUGCAGUCUAAAGUGCGAGUUUGGCGGAUUUUUGGCGAUGUGUCUGAGACUCCCCGGUCUGGUCUCCGAACGCCUGCCGAUUCUCGAAGCGCUUCCCCCGCACCUGCGCUCCCCGAUGGUCAGCGGCUUCUUUUGGAUCUAAACGAGUUUCUGGCCCUGCGGGAUGGCUCGCAAAAGGAGCUUCUCGAGGACCUCAAAGACCAAACUGCCAGUGAGAAAUAUAAUGGGCGCGUGAGCCUCGAUCUUGUUGGGCUCGGCAAAGAUGAGACAAUUGUCUUGGAAGAACAAGUCAAUGGUGCUGGAGGCGGUGGUUGGAUUUCAGAGGCUGCUGGUCGCUACGCCAGUCGGAAUGGUGUGUCGCUCGAUGCGGCACGUAGCGGCGUCAAUACCCUUCAGCCGCGCAAGGCGGCCGUUGGCUCUGACAGUCGGCGACCCAGUCCUGCACCAUCUGUUCACAGCAUGACCACUCGUAAGCGGACUCGCAAGGAUGGCCGGACGCGUGGAGCAACUGGUCUGAACAAUCUCGGAAACACUUGCUACAUGAACUCGGCACUGCAAUGCGUCAGAAGCGUUGAAGAGUUGACGCAAUAUUUCCUUAUGGAUAAAUAUAAGCGGGAGCUGAAUCCCUCCAACCCACUCUCUCACAAUGGUGAAGUUGCCAAGGCUUACGCCAAUCUUUUGACGAACCUUUUUGCCGAUGUCGGUACUACAUCGUUCUCACCCAGAACCUUUAAGAAUGUCCUUGGCCGUUAUAACCCAUCUUUCUCGGGCUAUGGACAGCAAGACUCGCAAGAGUUUUUAGGAUUCCUCCUCGACGGCCUGCAGGAAGACUUGAAUCGCAUCCAGAAAAAGCCCUAUAUCGAAAAGCCCGAUUCUACCGAUGAAAUGACGUGGAACCAUGAGGCGCUCAAGGAACUAGCUGACAAGUGUUGGGACAUCUACAAAGCUCGUAACGAUUCGGUUGUGGCUGACCUUUUUGCCGGCACGUACAAGUCGACCCUCCUCUGUCCAGCCUGCCACAAAGUCAGCAUCACAUUUGAUCCAUUCAACAAUCUGACGCUUCAGCUGCCUAUUGAAAGUGUGUGGAGCAAGGAAAUUUACUUUUUCCCAAGAGACGGCCGGCCAAUCCGUGUCGACGUCGACAUGGACAAAAACGGCAGCAUCAGGAUGCUCAAGGAAUUCGUUGCCAAGAAGAUGAAUGUGGAUUGGCAGAGAUUGAUUGUUGCCGAAAUUUUCAAAAUGAAGUUUUACAGAAUGUUCGAUGACUUUAGUGCGAUUUCCGAGUCAAACAUUCAAAGGACGGACGAGAUUGGCGUUUUCGAAGUUGAUGACGUGCCUACCAACUACCCUGCGCCAAAAAAGAAGCAGCGGAAGCAGAGAUCCUUUGGCUACAGCUACGGUAGCUACGGUGGUGGCUGGGAUGAAGAAGACGAGAUUCCUCAUUUUUCUUCCCCUGUUGCCGACAAAAUGCUUGUUCCGGUGUUCUUCCGCCGCCCGGCCAAGAGCACCGAUUUCCGGUCCCAAUCACCCAAUCUGUUCGGCGUGCCAUCUUACAUUGUUCUAAGUCGAGAAGAGGCCAUGGACUAUGACAGCAUCCUGCGCAAAGUUCUCCGAAGAGUGGCGACAAUGACCACUAUGGAUAUAUGCAAAGAUGACGCUCUCGUACAGCAGAAAGCCGUCUCGCAACACGACGAGGAAGGCGAUACGGUCUUGACCACAAAAGAAGAUGCUAGCGUCAAGUCUGCUCCGGUGAAGGGCGAACAGGGCCUUGCAAAGAACAAUAAGGAUUUUGUACCUGGACAUCUGCGCAACCUUUUUGAGAUGAGACUCCUGAAGAGCAACACUGAGAUGGUCCCCACUGGCUUAAAUUCGUUUGAGCACGGAAACUUGGAUUUUCCGUUGAUUGCCUCUCGGAUGCGCUGCAAACAGGAUGCCGUCCCUGUCAGUGCAGACACGACUCCAAGCAGCUCCUCUGAAAGUGAAGAGACCACGGACGGCAGCUACGAGCACGUAGAACAUCCUCAACCCUCAAACCAAGAAGGCGCUGAUGACAGCGACUCGGAAGAGUUCCAGUCUGUUGAGAGAAUGUUUGAAGAGCCAAGCCGCCACAACAACGACAAGCAGGCGCCGUCCAAUACUGAGGGUGCGGAUGAGGAAGAGGAAGGGCCUCUGGUUAGGCCUGGUGAAGCCCUUAUUUUAGAUUUUUUCGACAACGUGUAUGAUGCUCUCUUCUCCGAGGACAAACGCGAUACCCUGCGUGGAAAUGCUACGUGGGAAGAUAUCCCCAUCUAUCAUGACACUGACCUCAUCCAUCGUCGAGCUAUGCGGGCAAACCGAAGAAAGGCCGGUGUCAGCCUCUACGACUGCCUCGACGAGUUUGGCAAGGAAGAGAUCUUGUCGGAGAAUGACGCCUGGUACUGCCCUCGGUGUAAAGAACACCGUCGCGCUAGCAAAAAGUUUGAGCUUUGGAAAGCUCCAGAUAUCCUAAUCAUGCACUUGAAGCGCUUCAGCGCAAACCGAAGCUUCCGUGACAAGCUUGACGUGCUGGUCGAUUUCCCCAUCGAAGGCUUGGACCUUGGAGAUAGGGUAGCAUUUAAAGAAGAGGGAAAGAGCACAGUAUACGAUUUGUUCGCCGUCGACAACCAUUACGGUGGGCUAGGAGGUGGCCAUUACACUGCCUUUGCGCAAAACUUUUACGAUAAAUGCUGGUACGAAUACAAUGAUUCCCAUGUUUCUAAGAGACACAAUCCCGAAUCUGUUGUUACACCAGCGGCCUACCUUUUAUUCUAUCGCCGCAGAUCAGAUAAGGCGCUCGGCGGACCCUUUUUUGAGCAGAUCCUAGAGGAGGCCUACCAGGAACCGGAAUCACCAAGCUCCUCACGACCAGAGUCUCCAGCACCGCAGGGUGCGGGGGACGGCCGGCAGCUCGACGACUCCUCCCGCAGUGGGUUGUCGAGCGCUUUAGCCGGAGCUGGAGCGGCUCAUCAGAAUCAGAACAGCAACGGCAUGAACGAGAAUCAACAGACAUCAGCGAUUCAGCUUCGUUCUGGAAAUGGCGAAACUUCUUUGGCUCACCAGAAGCAGAAUAACGAGAAUCAACCGCCCUCUUAUUCUCACCAACUGCCAGCGGGCGAACAGACUCUCGAAGCAAUGGACAUGGAUGACGAAGGACUCGGAGGCUCAUCUUAUGGCACCGCACCAGACGGCAGCAGUGGCUACAACAGCUACGGUGGUCCUCAUUACAUGAGCAAUCAACCUGCAUGGUCAUUUGAGAGUAUUGGCCACGAGCCCACGGCCGCGCCGCCGGCCUCUGACGACGGUGGGGAAGAAGACUUAUUCGACGGCGGAAGCGAUCGAGCAGCAAAUGGGUCUUCGGAUGGUUUCAGCGACGCCGGAAACCGCAUGCAGGACUUUGCAGACGACGAGGGCGUACUUGGCGGGUUCGACAGCACCCCGCAACGCCGCAGCCUGACGAGCACACCUGUGGAUGAUCUCCCAACGCCGUUUUCAAACAGGGCAGUGACCACGACAAAAGAAGUCCAUGUCAGUGCUGCUCCCGUCACGCCUGAGCGCGAUGACAAUGAAGACUUACCCGUUGCCGAAGUCCAUGUCGAAGAAGGCGAGGGCGUAUCACAAUAA